AUGACCUUACACAGAGCAGCCCAUGAUUGGUUUCAUACCCUACCGUCUAGGUUGAUCAGCUACUUCAAGGAGUUGGCUUUCUUUUUCACCAAUGAGUACACUUCCUAUCGGACGAUUAAGAAACAAGCCGACCACUUGUUCAAUUGGCGCAAGGAGCAUGAUGAGUCCCUCCGAGACUACAUCAAAAGAUUCAAGGUGGAGAAAGCCAACAUUGUGGGAUGCGAUGAUCGAAUCGCACCCUCUGCCUUCAAGAAGGGUUUACUAGCUGAGCACUAUCGCUCCCAGCCAAACUUUGGUAGAGACAACGAUCGAAUCGUUGCAAAUAAGUCUGCUAAGCAAGCCGAACAACCACUCAAGGAGGCAGGACAGAGAGGUAAGCUCAGUAAUAGGAACAAUGGAAGGAAGCGCAACGCACCAUCCCAAGGUGGGGUACCAGCAGAUGACGGCUAUACAAAGUUCACUAUCUCGAUACAUCAAAUCUUGGCCCAAUUGAAAGACAAGCCUUGGUUGAGGAGACCACUAGCUUUAAAGGGAGAUCCUGAUAAGAGGAGUGUCAACAAGUACUGUGCCUUCCAUAGAACACAUGGGCACGACACAGCCAACUGCCGAUCUUGGAAGGUGCACCUCGAAGAGCUUGUAAGAGAAUGUCACUGCAAAGAGUUCGUGGCAAAGAAGGUCGUUCAGCAUAACGAGGAUCGCGAUGCAGCUAUGGAUUCUCCAAAGAAGGUGUCACGACCGGAUUCAAAAUAA